GGUAGCAUUUGAAAGAAAGAAGAAGAAGAAAAAAAUGUCAGCUUCAAAGCUCGCACUGUACGGAAUCGGAACCGCACUGUUCCGUAACCGUCGAACUGCAACUUCAACUGUCAACUCUCCAUUUCUAUUCUUCAAACCUAUACCCUUCGCGCCACCGCUCUUCCACCGCCGCGCUUCCUCCUCCUCCGCCGCCGCCGAUGAAGAAACCGUAUUCUCCGUCGACCAGCACCAUCCCUGGCCCGAAUGGGUCUCUUUCGUUGACCGCUUGAAGACCAAAGGCUAUCUCACAAAACGCUCUUCUUCAAAUAACGAUGAGAGUGUUUACAUAAACAUCUACCUCUUGAAAGAUGCUUGUCUCAGCUUCUCCCGUGACCGCUACGAUCUUUUCAAAUUGCUGGCAUUGAAAGAUAUCCAAUCAAUUGUUGAGGGAGGAUGUCCUAAUGUUCUUCGUAAACCUGUUAACUCGGCUAAAAGGUUGAGAGCCCACCUGCGAUUGGAUGAAGGGGAUGUUUGUAGUGCUUGCAAUCUGCGAGGCUCCUGUGAUAGAGCUUACGUGAUUUUAAAAGAAUUUGAAGCUGAUGCUCGGACUGUGGAUAUAGUACGGAUACUUUUGUUCUAUGCACUAGAUCCACUUGUUCUUUCUGGAGGAGAGAAACCACCGGGCAGAGAAGUUAUUGAAUCAUCUGCAAGAAAACUUCUCUCUCAGCUGAUUGAGUUGAGUGAGUCGUACCCAGCUCCACCUCCUGCUCCCGCUCAUUCAAAGCUCACUGCACAGGAUUCUGUGGCAAAAGGCCAACCUCUAAGAUUUAUGACUAAUAAGUUGUCUAAAGAUGUUGAGAUGAAGAAGGGUGACUGGAUGUGUCCAAAAUGCAAUUUUAUGAACUUUUCUAGGAAUAUGCAUUGCCUAGAAUGUAAUGAAGAUAGGCCAAAGGAUAUUGACUUGCUUGCUGUUGAAAUGAAGCAAGGAGAUUGGAACUGUCCUGAAUGCAGUUUCUUAAAUUUUUCCAGAAACACACGGUGUCUAAAAUGCAAAACAGAGGGGCCGUCAAAGCGUGGCAGUACAGGGGAAGUUGAAAUAAAAAAAGGAGAUUGGACUUGCAAGCAGUGCGGGUUCAUUAAUUAUGCUAGAAAUUUGAAGUGUUUACGUUGUCCUGAGCAGAGGCCCAAGAAACAUCCUGGGGAUUGGAGUUGUCCCAAGUGUGAUUUCUACAAUUUCAAUAGAAACACGGCGUGCAUGAAGUGCAAUACUAAAUGCCCUAAAGAACAAGCAACCAAUGAUUAUAACGAGCAUAUAUGGAGACGGUCAAACUGAUCAAAAAAAGGCUAUCAGGCUUUUUCAUUGGGGGGGUUCAUGAUUUUGGCCUUGGCUUUAACAAAUAUUUUUUCGUAGAUGCAGUCUCUAUCUGCCCAUGUUUCUUAAUCAAUCUUCUCAUUAAUGUGGUGCUAACUGCUUCGUCUUUAGAAAUGCUACAUACACAACAAUUAGGGAUACGCAUGUUAUUUGAUUGUAUGUGUGUUUUAAUAUGAUCAUAUACAGUUCUAAAAGCAAAUUUAAUGUGUUAUGUAGUAUUAUUCUUGAUAUACAGAGCAGGAU